UUUAGCAUAACAACCGACUCUUCUAUAAUUAAAUCUUCACUUCUACCAUCUUACACCUCAGUCUUCACAUCAGAACUAAUAGCCAUCUACGAAGCCCUUACCAUAGCCAAAACUAAGAAAGGCUCUUUUGCAAUUUGUACAGAUUCUAUGUCCGCAAUCCAAUAUAUAUCUAAUUCAGCUAAUCUGAACUUUUAUGCAACUGCUAUCAGAAACAUUCUAUCCUCUAAUCACAAACGUCUUACCCUGAUUUGGGUCCCUGGUCAUUCUGGGAUACGAGGUAAUGAACUUGCAGAUGAAACAGCAAAAAAUGCUUGGAAAUAUCCGUUCAUACUUACUGAAAAUCAUAAUAGCUCAGAUCUCUCCAGUUAUAUAGAUACUGUUUUUAAAAGCAAAUUCUCAGAAAUCUUUGAUAACUCCUCCUCUCAUUAUAAAAACAUUAACUUCAAUAAAACUUCCAUUUUCAAUUUCACCCCUCUUAAACACGAUCAUAAAUUUCCGCGUGCAUACCUUACCAAAUACAUCCGAUUAAGACUAGGACAUACCAAUUUAACCCAUUCACAUUUAUUCAAUAGAUCACCACC